AUGGUACUACGUGUCUAUUUCAUUUCAACAACUGGACGUCGUGAUAUACGGAAAGGACAAAUUCAUGUUUUUUCCGUACUGAGCUCAUGGAAAUAUGAUUAUGAAGCGGUCGAUGUUGCGGCACCGGAGAAUGAAACCGAACGAGAUUUUGUUAUUGUCACCGGAAAGAAGUCAGAAGAUGGAAAAGUCGUUUUACCGCAAAUUUUUCACGAGGGAAAAUGUUGCGGUGACUAUUUAGACUUCUUAGAUGCUAUUGAACAAGAAAAACUUCAGUUAUUCCUCCAGACAAUCAGUAUAUCUGAGGGAGAAGCAAAAGAUACAAUACCAUGUUAG